CCCAAACGUCCAAUCACAAUCUCAUUCAUUCAUUCAUUCAUUCAUCCCUCCUCCACCACUGUCUAGUUCCUCCGGUACUCAUUCGAGCCAGCCAGCCACUUUAAUUGAUUAAUUGAUCAAGAUGGUGGAGUAUGGUGGUCGACGAGAUCAGACGCUUCUACCUCUGCGUCGCAUCAAGCAAUUCUCCGGCACCGUCUCUUGCUGGUGCUUGAGGGUAUGGUUCUCCAUAGGAGUCGUAUUUAGUUUGGCGACUUUACUUGGAGUCACACUAAUUAUUCUAUGUGAAUUGGUCCGAAUAACACUUGUAUGCGCCGGAAAUACCUGGACGGGUAACUCCUUCUUUGGGCUUGCCUCUGUGGUUAGUAAUAAAUCAUUUGCCCUCUAUCUAGUUAACAAGUACUUUAGAAAUAUUUGGUCAUUUGGCAUUUGUUGUUCCCACAUUUUAUUGCUUUUUGAAAAUCACAAGUGGGUCAGUGGUUGUACUCACGAAUCAUCCUUUUGUUUGCCAAUACUUUCAUCGUUGCAUUCGUACUUACUCUUUAUGCAGAUUGGCGGAUUGCACAUUUCACUUCCCAAUAUGGUAUAUUUGUGCUUAUCUUCUGUCAUAUGCGUAUUUGUUCAUGAGCUUGGGCAUGCUCUUGCAGCAGCAAGUGAGGGUGUGCACGUCGAGUAUGUUGCUAUCUUUUUGGCGGUGUUGUUUCCAGGAGCUUUGGUGGCUUUCAAUCACUCAUCAUUGCAGGCAUUACCUUUGGUUGCUUCUCUCCGUAUAUACUGUGCUGGUAUUUGGCACAAUGCGGCGUUUUGUGUUGGUUGCGCCCUGGCAUUAGUCCUUCUUCCCUUCAUCUUCAGUCCAUUCUACAUACACGGUGAAAGCCUAAUGGUUCUGGAUGUGCCAUCUAUGUCACCAUUAUACGGUUAUCUCUCACGUCAUGAUGUUAUAUUUUCUUUGGAUGGCAUCCGUAUUCAUACUACAGAAGAGUGGAAGCAGACGAUCACUAUGUUGACUGAGCAGACUUACUCUCUUAGCUCUGAUCAACCUAGUGUAAAUUUAAAUGUUGAAAAUGGUUAUUGUAUUCCUCAAUCUUUGACUAAGGAGAUCGCUCAAGUUCAGUUUAAAGGGAAUCAAACAUAUUGUCCAAAAGAACUCAUUGCCUUUGCAUCGAUGACCUGUCUGGAUGUGGAAAAGCAUACUAAUGAUGCCAACCGAAACAAUCAUCAAAGAAGAGAAAAUAUUCACUGUUUGGAUGCUAAGGAUGUGAUAAAGCUUAAAAAAUGUGCCUACCCUAAUUUUAAGGAGCAAGCUUUAACAAAUGGAAGUAGCUGUCUUUGUUCAGAGGUAGAGUCAUGCUUGACGCCUAUGCAGCUGCCAGGUCUACAGUGGGUUGAGAUAACAUAUUCAACUUUGGAAUGCCACAGUCGUAGAAGAAGUUUAUUUUCUCCGGAAAAGCAUUUUAGCAGUGAAAAAAUAAGCUGUCUUCAGACAUUUGUCUAUGUUGGUGAUCUGAUCACUAUGGCAAAUUCCAUCCAUUUGACUUCCUAUCAGCCUCGUUGGUCAAUUUAUUUCAUGGCAUAUCUUCCAAAUUUAUUGGAGAAACUAUUCACAUAUGCCUUCCAUGUCUCUAUGGGACUUGCUCUCUUGAACAGCCUGCCGGUGUUUUUUCUUGACGGGGAAUACAUUUUAGAAGCGACUCUACACUGUUUUGGUUCAUUGAGCUCCAGGAUGAGGCAAUCAGUUCGGCGGUGUUGCCUGCUUGUAGGGACCUCUUUUUCUGCCUGUUUUAUCUUGCAGACAAUCUUCGUCUCUGUAAGCUAAUGUCCGUAUCUUGUAGGGUCAUUUCAUCAUCGUUCUUCAUUUAAUUUAUAUGUCCGUAUGUGCUUUGAGUUUUGUAGUUGUUUGCCGGUAGACAUGGUAGUUUUUCCCGAUGUCAAAUUAAAACUGAUUGGUGUGAAUUUACCAGUUUAGCAAAUAGGAUUGAUGAAUGUCAGUAAUUGAGGGAGGGAUUUCAUUCAAAUAUAUUUUUGGGUUGAAUUCGAAGUUAUCA